AUGAAUAGAUCGUCUGCUUUUCUUAAUUUAUCAAUUGAAACAGGUCAGAUGAUACCUUUAGCACCAAUAUUUUGUCGCAAGGUUAACAACAACAGUCCGUUUUCGCUGAUUAGAGAAUUUUGCUGUUAUGGUAAAUUUCAAAAAGAUAAUAUUUAUAAAGAGAUGGCCAAAACUUGUCGUAGAAUCGAAGUACUAAUAGUCGAGGGUCCAGAUAUAGAUUAUGUAAAUAAUUCUGAUCAAGAAGAAAUAAAAGAACUGAUUACGUUGAUCACUAACCAAAAGGCAUUACGAAAGCUUGAAUUUCAUAAUUUUAAUGUGUAUGACAAUUCUAUUGUUUCUGCUUUAGGGAAACAUUCGCAAACUUUAACUUAUUUGGUUUUCCAUUAUGCUACGUUUAUAUCUGAUAAAAUGGAUGAGUUAGAAGGAAUAACAGAUUUGGAAAAUUUACAGCACUUGGCAUUUAAUGGCUGUGAAAAUGUGGAUGAAGAGUUAUUGGAACAGUUACAUGUCAAACAGCUUCCAAAACUAACAGAACUUGAUUUCAGGCAUACACGUCCACCACCUUCAUCCAUGAAUAUAUUGAUUGACAAGUACGGUCAGAUGUUAAAAAAAUUAUAUUUAGGAGCUUUACAAUGUGAUCAUACUCAAACAGAUUCUUGCUUACAAGUCGUCCGUAAUAUUACUGAAAAAUGCUCAAACAACUUGGAGGAAUUUUCGAUAACAUUUACAAAUCCUUUAUUAGAUUGUUUUCUUCGUUUAUUGGAAUCGUGUACAAGGCUCAAAAAAUUAAGUAUAACUGGAUCUUUUGAGUAUACUGACGAUUCGCUUUCACUUAUUGGAGCCAGCAUACCAGUUAGUCUAAAAUCUUUGAUAAUUAGCACAAAGUGGAGUAGUGAACUUGAAAAUUUGGAGAGGUUCUUCGCAAAAUGUGAAGCAGGAUUGGAAUAUUUGUUCAUUGAAAAAUUACCGUGUAUAAGUGACAAACAUAUCAACGUUGUAAUGAAGCGUCAGGGUAAUACGCUAAAGACGUUGAAAAUCCUGGCAUCUGAAAUAAAUAUUUCUGAUGGUGUGAUGAAACGAGCCAAAAAAAAGGUGGGAGUUGUCAACAUUAGAACCGAUAGCACUUUAUUGUAUGAAGAUUUUGAUAUUCUUUCAAAUCGUGAGUUGACAGGAAUACCAUGGAAGGAAAACUGGUACGAGUUUGUUGAUGUACCAGAUGAUGAAAUAUUCUUUGAUUAUAGUGACGACGAUUAUGAUUAUCAUUACGGUGAUGAGUACGAUUAUGGGUACGAUGAUGAAUAUGACUACGAUUAUGAUAAUAUUAUUGAUGAAAUUAUAGAUGAUGACGAAUUUUAUGAUGAUUUUGUUUUAAAAUGA